UGUCAGAAAUGGAAGAAACGAUGUUAUCAGUGCUAAGGCCAUCGCAGAAAACAGCCGACAGUGUGAUUUCGUCUCCCACACCUUCAGCUCGCCUUCCCCUCGACCCCUCAGAGCUGCCUCCAGAUAAGCUCCAUGUGGAACUGGAACUAUCCCCAGAUUCCCAGAUAACCCUGUAUGGGCCCCUGCUCAAAGCCUUUCUGUCUAUAAAGGAAAAUUAUUUUGGAGAAGAUGAUAUGUACACUGAUUUUGAAGAAGUUAUUUCAAGCCCUGUGUUGUCACUGUCAACAUCUUCAAGCUCUGGAUGGACAGCUGUUGGGGUAGAAAAUGACAGAAAGGAAAAUGAAAGUUCAGUCAAGCCAGUUCACCCUCUUACUUUACGUCCGUGGGAUAUCACUGUGCUUGUUAACUUGUACAAAGUGCAUGGGCGAUUACCAGUGCAUUGCAGUCCAGAUGGUCCCGAGUGCCCUACAGCCUUCUUGGAAAGGUUGUGUUUUGAGAUGAAGAAGGGAUUUAGAGAAACAAUGCUUCAGCUGGUACUGUCUCCAGUGAAUUUGUUUUUGAAUGACAACUAUCAGCGACCUGCAGUGGAUGAAGUUCUUCGAGAGGGUCACAUCAGCCUGUCAGGUCUGCAGCUGCGCGCCCACGCGAUGUUUUCAGCAGAAGGUCUGCCUCUUGGGAGUGAUACUUUAGAAUACGCAUGGCUGAUAGAUGUACAGGCUGGAAGUCUUACAGCCAAAGUUACGGCACCACAGCUUGCGUGUCUUCUGGAAUGGGGGCAGACUUUUGUAUUCCAUGUGGUGUGCCGGGAGUUUGAACUGGAAAGGCCAAAAUCUGUAAUGAUAUGCCAGCAUGGAAUUGAUCGUCGGUUUUGUGACUCUAAGAUGAACUGCGUUCCUGGGCCAUGCCCAACAUCUGAUGACUUGAAGUACACUAUGACACGCUUAGCCAUGGAUGGAGGAGAUCUGUAUGUAGUAGAACAUGGCUGUGCCACCAAUAUAAAGAUGGGUGCUAUACGUAUUGCAAACUGCAACCUCCACAACCAGUCUGUUGGAGAAGGUGUUAGUGCUGCUAUUCAAGACUUGCAACUGAGACAAUAUGUUGAGCAGGUGAACAACUGCAGAACCGGUCUUCAGCCAAUAUUAAGGAGGGCGUAUUGGCUGGAAGCUGGCUCUGUCAACUUGGGGCUCAUCACUGCUGACAUUGCUUUAGCUGCAGAUCAUCCUUCUAAACAUGAAGUGCAAAGACAUUUCUUAGAAACGCAUGAUAACCGAACUAAGAGAUUGUGGUUUUUGUGGCCUGAUGAUACUUUGAGGAAUAAGAGAAGCAAGAACAAGUGUGGCUGUCUUGGUGGUUGUCGAUUCUUUGGGGGCACGUUAACAGGACUAGAUUUUUUCAAACUUGAGGAACUGACACCUUCAAGCAGCUCUGCUUUCUCAAGUACAAGUGCAGAAUCUGAUAUGUUUUAUGGACAGUCUUUACUGCAGCCAGGAGAAUGGAUAAUUACAAAGGAGAUUCCUAAAAUUUUAGAUGGUAAAGCAAAUGGUGUAAAACGAAAAGACUGGGAUUGCAGAUCUAUGGGUAUAGAAAUAGAAAGAAAAGCACAACAUCUGAGCCUACAAGUGCCACUGCGCUCCCAUAGCUCCUCAUCGUCUUCGGAGGAAACGAGCAGUUCUAGUGCUGCACUGCCCUUGCUCGCAGGUGAGAAGGACAGCCCAUCAUCAACUGCUGAGGAUCACCUGGGACAGAAGGAGUUCUUGUCUGGUGCAAAAAGGGAAGAUGGCCGUGGAAGUGUUGCAGUUGAGGGUGCAGAGGGCAGCCCUGCAUCCCCUGGCAACCAGGAAAGGCCUGUUGGGCAGUCUCCCAUGAGGUCUCCGCUGAAGCGACAAGCGUCCGUGUGCUCCACACGGCUUGGGAGCACCAAGAGCCUCACGGCAGCCUUCUAUGGAGACAAGCAGCCUGUUCCAGUUGGUGUGCAGUUCAGCAGUGAUGUGUCUCGCAGUGAUGAGAAUGUCUUGGACUCCCCAAAGCAGAGGAGGAGCUUUGGUUCUUUUCCAUAUACUCCAUCUGCAGAUUCAAACUCAUUUCACCAAUACCGCUCGAUGGAUUCCAGUAUGUCAAUGGCCGAUAGUGAAGCUUAUUUUUCUGCAGCAGAGGAGUUUGAGCCAAUAAGUAGUGAUGAAGGUCCAGGAACCUAUCCAGGAAGGAAGAAAAGGAAAAAGCAAGCUCAGAAAAUUGAAUAUAGUAGAGGGUCUAUUUAUCACAGUGUGGAAGGACCUUUGACAAGCACAGUCCAUGGAGAAAUUAGUCAGGAUGUUAAAACAUUGCCUAUUAAGACUCAUCCUUCACAAGCUUCAUUUGUUUCAGCUCUGGGAGGAGAAGAUGAGCAUGUUGAGAACAUGUAUGUCAUGGAAUCUGAGAAGACUGUGGAAAGUGAGCAAAUAACUUCCCAGCAGCCUGUAAUGGCAUGUUACCAAAACUACCUUACACAGUUCCAGGUGAUCAACUGGUCCGUAAAACAUCCAACUAACAAAAGAACUUCAAAAUCCUCAUUACAUCGCCCCUUAGACCUUGACACACCAACAAGUGAAGAAAGUUCAUCAUCUUUUGAACAACUUUCUGUCCCAACUUUUAAGAUUGUUAAACAGGGUCUCACAGCUAAUUCAUUACUGGACAGAGGCAUGCAGCUCACAGGUUCAUCAUCUAAUACACCUUAUACUCCUUUGGAAAAGAAGUCUGCAGAAAAUACAGAUGAUGAAACAAUAACAGAAGAAUGGACGUUGGAUCACCCAGUCUUCCAGACACGGACAACGGCAAUAGUAGAAGUAAAAGGAACGGUCGAUGUAGUUCUGACUCCUCUUGUAGCAGAGGCACUGGAUAGGUACAUAGAAGCAAUGGUGCAUUGUGCUAGCUCUCGACAUCCAGCGGCGAUUGUUGAUGAUCUGCACUGCAAAGUUCUUCGAGAUGCUGUACAGAACAGCAAAACAAGCUUCUCAGAAAAUUUAUCUUCAAAGCAGGAUAUUAGAGGAACAAAAAUAGACACUACCACUACAGGAACAACAAACCAGGGACCAGCACAGACCAAUCUCUCACUUAAGCAAGAUAAUGUGACAAUUAAAGGUCUUCAGGCCAACGUUACUGUACCAAAGGUGAACCUGUGUUUACUACAAGCAUCUGUUGAUGAAUCCCCUGGAGUUUCUUCAGGGAAAACCAUUACUCAUGUUUCACUUGUGGCUUUGUGUUUUGAUAGAAUUGCUACACAAGUUCGUAUGAAUAGGGGUGUAGUUGAGGAGACUUUAAACAAUGCAGAAACUGGGAGGAAUUCUGUCACAUUUGAUCGUUACAUCCAAACCAGUAAAAUGCAGCCACAGUCUUCUGGCUCACUGCGAUCCAAUGCUGGAGCAGAAAAAGGAAAAGAAAUUGCUGCUAAACUGAACAUCCAUCGUGUUCAUGGACAACUUAGAGGCCUUGAUACAACAGAUAUUGGAACUUGUGCAAUAACAGCUAUUCCUUUUGGGAAAUCAAAAGUUCUUUUUACUCUGGAAGAGUUGGAUGAGUUUGCUUUUGUGGAUGAAACAGAUCAACAAGCUGUUCCAGAUGUAGCUCGAAUUGGUCCUAGUCAAGAGAAGUGGGGUUGGAUAAUGUUCGAGUGUGGAAUUGAAAAUUUAACUAUAAAAGGAGGAAGACAAUCUGGAGCAGUAUUGUAUAAUUCGUUUGGAGUCAUGGGUAAAUCAGGUGCUACAGAGAGAGGUGGAUUGCUUGCAUCAAAUAACUCUUCAGAUUCUCCAACUGGUAGUGGUUAUAAUACUGAUGUGUCUGACGAUAACCUUCCUUGUGAUAGAAUAAGUCCCUCUUCGGAUAUUAAUGGAAACUCAGUUUCAGAUGAGCAGGAUGAAGGGGUUGAAUCUGAUGAUUUGAAAAAAGAUAUACCCUUGAUGCCUCCUCCUCCUGACUCUUGCAGCAUGAAGCUAACAAUCAAAGAAAUUUGGUUUAGUUUUGCAGCCCCCACCAAUGUGCGCUCUCCAGCCCAUAUAUUUUCAAGGCAGCUGAACCUCUUGAGUACUGCAACACCUGCAGUUGGUGCUUGGCUAGUUCCCAUUGAUCAAGUGAAAUCGUCAUUAAAUAAACUAGAAACUGAAGGAACCCUGCGAAUUUGUGCUGUUAUGGGUUGCAUUAUGACAGAAGCUUUAGAGAAUAAAAGUGUGCACUUUCCUCUGAGAAGCAAGUACAACAGGCUUACCAAAGUGGCUCGUUUCUUACAAGAAAAUCCUUCUUGUUUACUAUGUAAUAUAUUGCACCACUACCUUCAUCAUGCAAAUUACUCCAUUAUUGAGGAUGCUACCAUGAGUGAUGGCCUUCCUGCCUUAGUAACCUUAAAGAAGGGUCUCGUUGCCUUAGCAAGGCAAUGGAUGAAGUUCAUUGUGGUGACCCCAGCCUUCAAAGGAGUCAGCUUGCACAGACCAACUCAGCCAGUGAAACUGCCCACAAACGCCUGCCACGAGCAUGAGGAUGGACUGGGAUUAGACAACGGCGGGGGUCUUCAGAGUGACACAAGUGCUGAUGGAGCAGAGUUUGAAUUUGAUGCAGCUACUGUCAGUGAGCAUACAAUGCUCUUGGAAGGAACAGCGAAUCGCCCUCCACCUGCUGGUGGCUCUUCUGGGCCUGUAACUGGUGCUGAGAUCAUGAGGAAAUUAUCCAAGACACACACCCACAGCGAUUCUGUUCUGAAAAUCAAGGGUAUACAUCCGUAUCAUUCCUUAAGUUACACCAGCGGAGAUACAGCUACAGAUUCACCAGUGCACGUUGGCCGUUCUGGAAUGGCAGUCAAAGAAAGUCCGAGAAAGGAAAGUCUGCUCAGCUAUCUUACCGGGAGCUUUCCUAGCCUGCAUAAUCUUUUGGAAGGGACUCCUCAAAGAAGUACAACUGCAGUUAAAAGUAGUUCAUUAACAAGAACAGGAAAUACUGUGGCUACAGACAUGUUAUCUGAGCAUCCUUUGCUGUCUGAACCAUCUUCUGUGAGUUUCUAUAACUGGAUGUCAAAUGCUGUUGGCAACAGAGGAAGUGUAGUGCAAGAAAGUCCGGCCACCAAAUCUGGACACAAUAGUCUUCCAACAGGUGUGGCACCCAAUCUUCCUACAAUACCCUCUGCUUCAGACUUCAACACAGUUCUGUCUAGUGACCAGAACACCCUGGAUGGCACACACUCACAGCACAGCACCAGUCAGGAUGACAUUGCAGGUGUAGAAGAGGGUAACCAGGGAUUUCCUGCAGUCCAGCUAGCAGAUGCACAGGUUGUUUUCAAACCUCUUCUAAGUUACACCGGAAUUCAGUCUCAGGAUGCAAUGCCGCUCUGCUACAGGAUGUACUUCGGAGAGUACCUUUCAUUCUCAGGAACUUUGGACUGCCUAAGAGCAGAUAUUGUUGAUUCAGAUACAGCAAAGGAAAGAAAAAGCAAGCGAGCUCGAAGGCAAGGAGCUGUCAAUCUUCCUCCUCUUGAGUUCAAACCUGCUUUGAUGUUAGAAACUUUCAGUAUUAGUGCUGUUGUAAUGGAGAAAUCCAUGUGCACACCUCAUAACUCCACCAACGCCCUUUCUUUUCACGACUUGAAUAAACGCUAUUAUAAUACUUUUCACUGUAAUUUUACAAUUUCGUGCCAGUCUAUAAGCCAGCACGUAGAUAUGGCACUGGUUCGUCUCAUUCAUCAGUUCAGCACAAUGAUUGAUGAUAUCAAAGCCACACAGACGGACAUCAAACUUAGCAGAUACACAGCUGGAUCGGCCUCUCCAACGCCUACUUUUAAAACCCGCAAACACAGAGACUUCCGCUCUUCUGAUUUCAGCCGAAGCUCUCGAGGAAGUCUUAAUGGAGGUAACAGAGUGAACAACACCAAGAACAAAAGAUCAAAUAAUGAGAACAAUAAAAAAGAGUCUCGAAACAAGAAUUCCUUGGGGAGGUCAGAAAGAAGAACUUCUAAAGUGUCCAGGAAAGGUUCAAAAGAUGUAGUUGACCACAUGACUAUUCAUAUGGAUGACUCUGACUCUAUCACGGUUUCAGAACAGAGUGAACCUUCUGCUGAGUGCUGGCAAAAUAUGUAUAAACUGCUGAACUUCUAUUCACUCAUUUCUGAUCCAACCGGGAUUUUAGAAAAGUCUUCAGAAACUUUUGGACCAGCAGGUAAACUAGUUCAUGAAUCCAAAUAUUCGAGAGUGCAUGCUUUUGUUGAAGGGUAUUCUUCUAAAAGCUGCUUGAAG